AUGCACGGCAGUUCCAUGUCACAUCGCUCCCAAUCGGCUCCCAACGGAGCUUUCGGAGCGCAGGUCGGAAACGCGGCCUCAGCCGUCACCGACUUUUGCCCGCUGGUUGCUAUGCAAGCAAGCAGCCAAGCUCACUUCGAGCGCGCGUCUGUACCGCUAGCCGCAAGCGGCUUAGCCAUUUCACGAGAGGCUGCCCCAAGCGGCGGCUGUGAACAACGACAGGCGCUCCCCGAGAGUGGCGCGACGCCGGCCGGUAUCCCUUUUGUAGCCGCGCCCCUUAUCGAGCUCGGAGACAGUUCCCCAUCGCUCGACCGCGCCGCUAACGCACCGACAGCUUCCUUUGAAGCGGGUGCACAGACGCUGCUGCAAAAUGCCGCCCAAAUGAUACAGGCGCUCACAGGGGCAGUCCAAACGCUUUCGGCUGUUCCGAAACGCACUCAUCCCACUGUCAUGUUGGCCGUUCCGACCUACAGCGGGUACGGUGAUCUGCAAAGUGCAAGAGAUUACCUGGACUCCCUCACACGUUACCAGAGAGCCACGGGUCUGGACGAUCAGGAGGUGCUCGGACGCGUCGUCCCAGCGGCACUGACUGACACGGCGGCGAGGUGGUAUCGGCUUUCAGGCCACCGAGCAGCAACCCUCGAUGAGUUCCGCGCGGCCUUCCUGCGCGAAUUCUUACCCGCUGACUACGAGAGUAGGAUGCGGCGCGAGCUCGAGCUCCGCACGCAAGCUCCUGAUGAGUCGCUUCAGGAGUACGUACGCGCGAUGGACGACCUUUUCUCUAUCGCCGAGCCCAGGGCCUCGAACGAGGAGCGCGUCGAACGGGUGAUCAGGCAGGCACAUCCGACCUUUUCGGCGUACCUG